AUGUUUGUGGUUCCCACCUGGCUGAAACAAUUGUUCGGCAUCGAUGUCAGCGAGAUUUCAUCCGAUUCAACACAAUCAGAACCAGACGAAGAUCAUAGUACGCCAAGAGGAAGACUAGGACUACCCGGCGAUACUUUUGAAGCGCUCAUCCAAGCUGUAGAGCGACAUAUUGUACACCAAGAGCUUGAGAGCUCAGUGAUCGAUCUGCGACGCAUCGUUGCUGAGGCACAAAGCCAUAUAGACGUUUUAACUGUCUUUCUUGACUUUGCUGCUAGCWUCGGCUUCAUCGGUCCUUGUGAGCACAAGUAUUCACAGGAGCGAGAGGAUGCUCGGCAACUGCUGGACGAGAGUCAGGAACGUUUAACAACAGCAUUGAUCAAGGUCCCGAUAGUGCUGCGGCACCGAGAUCGUGUGCUAUCGCAGGUCUAUAGAGAUUUAGAUGGCUUGAUUGAUGACUGUGAGAACGGCAAGAUUGUCGGAUUCGACAACAAUGGAACGCUCUGGUCCUUCCUCCGACGGAAUGCAAUGUGCUCGACACGACUCAAAGAUCUCGAAGCGCCGGGAGCAGAUUUUCGCGCAUCUCGCGAUGCUUACAUAGCUGCUAGUAGAGCAGCACGGGGGAAAGGAUCGUGUACCAGGACUCCAUCUAUAGCCGAGGCAUUAGAGAAUGAGAAAAGAUGCAGGACCGAGUUCGAGGUUAGGAAGACAGAGAUUGAACGGCAACGAGCAGCGGAGUCGUCACGGACAGAAGCCUUACUGAUCGACCGUGUGGCACCUCUUCUAUUCGAAACUGGGGUCUUGCCUUCUCGGGGUUGGUCGUCGAGUGGUUCCGAUAGCGAGAGCUCCAAUGCCAGCAUCACUACCCGUCCCGUGCACGAUCAGGGGCGACCCAUCACGGUCCAAAUUCCCCAAGAAGAAGCAGAAAGAGAAGUGUUCGUGGCAGAGAUCGAAAGAGCUCGCGACUCCUUGUCGUCCUGGGAAGUUGCGGCGUCACGUACUAUUCCCGAAUAUCAGCUUAUGUAUGUGAAUUUCAUGUUCACCCGUCCAAAGGCCACGAAACAACAAUGGGAAGAGUUUUAUGCCCAGGAGGAAGAACUUUCGCUGGAGGCAAAGCAGCAGGAGAAUGAAGAACGUCUUCGAACGAGCCGCCUCAACUACGAGUGGUGGCGAGCAGAAGCCGAGAAAAAUGGAAUGGACAAUCUACCCUUCGACUCAACAGAAUUCGCAGCAAGUGGGAGUCCGAUUGCAAGUGGAGGUACGAGUGCAAGUGAUGAAACUCCGGGUGCAGAUGAUCGUGGCAUGAGAAGCAUUAGGAAAUGGGCAAGAACCGUUGCCAGAGGCCGAGUGACAAAGCAUGCACAAGAAAGGAGUUUCGGUCAGCCAAGGUCACGUAGGCCCAAGGGUAGUGUCAAUAGUUCCGCAGCGACGAUAUGCUCRGGAGGAAGAGGGGUCUAUAUCGAUAGAGAAUAUGAAUAUAGGGAAGCGUUGGAGGGGGAGGUCGCAAGGCAGAGAGAAGAUUUCAUGAGCGUUAUGGGCCAACUACCUAGCCCGGUCAGACCCGAUCCAUGGACAUGA